CCCAAGAUGUGUAUACACCGCUGUGGGCGUGGCAACGUCGCCAAUUGCCCAACGGGGUGGCAUUGUUAUCGCACGGCCCACUAUCUCCUCGGAAAUCUCCACCGACACCCAUCAAGCGUCCGCAACACCCCACAAGCACUUGGGCUCGGUCUCGGUUUCUAGUUCUCGUUUUUGGGUUCACCUCUGGCGGUUGCUAUCGCCGAAUAUUAAACCGGUUGCGCUGCCGUCUAAUUGCUCAAACGCAUGUACGCUGUGCCAAGUGGCGGUCGACAGCAAUAGCUCCUCUAUUCGAAUUCCGCAGAAGUAAAUCUGAGAAGUAAAUAAACAAAGAUGUCGCAGAAGAACGAGAAAAUUGGCAUUGUGGGCAGCGGUCUGAUUGGUCGCUCCUGGUCCAUGCUGUUCGCCUCGGUGGGCUACCAGGUGGUGCUGUACGACAUCCUGCCCGAGCAGGUGUCCACCGCAUUGACUGCCACUCAGAAGGAGCUGCUGGAUCUGGAGGCCAAGGGCCUGCUCCGUGGCAAGCUGACCGCCGCCCAGCAAUUCGCCUGCAUUUCGGGCACCAACGACCUCAAGGAGCUGGUCAAGGGCGCCAUCUUCGUCCAGGAGUGCAUUCCAGAGCGCCUCGACCUGAAAAAGGCCCUCUACAAGCAGUUGGAUGCCGUCGUCGGACCCAACACCAUCCUGUCCAGCUCCACCAGCACUUUUCUGCCCUCUCUCUUCAGCGCGGACCUGAAAAACAAGGCCAAUGUUUUGGUCUCGCAUCCCGUCAACCCACCGUACUACGUGCCUCUGGUCGAGAUCGUGCCUGCACCAUGGACCAAACCGGAAUGGGUGAAGAAGACCCGUGCCCUGAUGGAGGAGAUUGGCCAGAAACCAGUUACGCUGUCGCGCGAGAUCGAGGGAUUCGCCCUGAACCGCAUCCAGUAUGCCAUCCUGAACGAGACAUGGCGAUUGGUCGAGGCCGGCAUCCUGAACGUCAAGGACAUCGAUAGCGUGAUGAGCAAUGGACUGGGACCGCGCUACGCCUUCCUGGGUCCCCUGGAGACGGCCCAUCUGAAUGCCGAGGGCAUGGCCAACUAUUUCGAGCGCUACUCGAAGACCAUCUAUGCGGUCAGCGAGACAAUGGGACCAACACCAAAAAUGGAGGGCCCCGUCGCCGUCGAGGUGGCCAAGCAGCUGGGCGAGAUGGUGCCGCUGGAUCAGUUGGCUCAACGCCGCAAUUACCGCGACAACUGCCUCACCCAGUUGAGCAUUCUCAAGAACAAGCUCAACCAGUAACUCAUUAUAAUCUUGCUGUUUUUUUUUUUUAUGUUGUGAUAUGCUAGCGCCACAUACGUACGUUAAAUAUACGGAAAUUUCUUAA